AUGACAAAGAGAAUGGGAUACCGAGAGUGGAGAUGGCAGGCUCUUUGGUGGCAUCAUUUCUUUCUCUUGUGGAGUACAAUUAACGGACAGACUCGUUACAGCAUCCCAGAGGAACUGAAACAGGGUGCUGUGGUAGGAAAUCUAGCCAAAGAUCUGGGUUUGGGACUAUCUGAGAUUUUUGAACGUAAAUUGCGUGUCGCCUCUGAGGCUGGUGAGCAGUAUUUCACUGUGGAUGCGGGGAAAGGCGAGCUGGUGGUGAAUGACAGAAUAGACAGAGAGGCUUUAUGUGGACAAAGCGCCAACUGUGUUCUGCUUCUGCAAGUAGUUAUUGAAGACCCGCUACAGUUACACCGAAUUGAGGUUGAAAUAAGAGAUAUUAAUGACAAUUCUCCAAGUUUCCUUUCAAAUGAAUUAUCUUUAAAAUUAGCCGAAGUAGCAGCAGUUGGCACGCGCUUUCCUUUGGAGAGCGCAACAGACCCCGACGUUGGAAGCAAUUCACUCAAAUCAUAUACUCUUAGUAAAAAUGAAUGUUGUUCCCUUAAAAUAAAAGAGAUGGAGGGUGGUAAUACCGUUCCAGAACUUGUUUUAGAAAAGCCUCUAGAUCGAGAGAGAAAAGCACUUCACAAAAUAAUACUAACAGCUUUAGACGGUGGGAAUCCAGUAAGAUCUGGAACCUUACAAAUAACCAUACAUGUGCUUGAUACUAACGAUAACUUUCCUGUGUUUGAAAAAAACAUUUAUAAAGUAACUUUGGGUGAAAAAAGUUUACAUGGGGCUGUUGUUAUAAAGCCCAAAGCAACAGAUGCAGAUGAAGGUUUAAAUGGUGAAAUUGAAUUCUCAUUUGGUUCUCGGACACCAGAAUCUUUUUUGUCACUCUUUGAUAUUAACCCCUCAACAGGUGAAAUCAUUCUGAAAGGAGAGUUAGACUAUGAAACUACCAACACGUAUGCCAUUGAUGUAUCUGCAAAAGAUAAAGGCAGCCCUGAAAUGGAGGGCCACUGUCGCGUGCAGGUUGAUAUUACUGAUUUCAAUGAUAAUGCUCCAGAAAUAGUUUUCACUUCUCAGCCAAAGCCAGUACGCGAAGACGCACCAAGUGGCACUGUAGUGGCUUUGAUCAGUGCGCGAGACCUUGACUCCGGUGAUAACGGUAAAGUGACGUUACAACUCACCAAAGGUUCUCCUUUUAAUCUGAAACCUUCUUUUUCUAAUAAUUAUGCACUGGUUACAAAUGGUUUAUUAGACCGAGAAAGCUUCUCAGAGUAUAAUAUUGAGAUAACAGCCACUGAUUCAGGCUCUCCUCCUCUGUCCAGUAAGAAGAUUAUACCUGUCAGCAUCACUGAUGUGAACGACAACCCUCCUAUAUUUACUCAGCCCUCAUAUAAUGUGUAUUUAAAAGAGAAUGGGGUACCAGGCUCUAUACUGUACUCAGUAUCAGCAUCUGACCUGGAUUUUGGUGAAAACGCCAAAAUCUCUUACUCUAUACUUGACUCUAAAGUGCAGGACGUUUCUGUCUCAUCUUAUGUUUACAUUAACUCAGAUAACGGCAGCAUCUACAGCAUGCACUCGUUUGACUAUGAGAAACUGAAGGUGUUUCAGAUUCAGGUUCAGGCAAAGGAUCAGGGCUCUCCGUCUCUCAGCAGCAACGCCACUGUCCAUGUUUUUAUCCUGGACCAGAACGACAAUGCCCCCGCUGUUAUUUACCCCUCCUCCGCUGCCCUGGGCUCCCUCUCUCAUCAGAGGAUGCCCCGCUCCGCUAAAGCAGGCCACCUGGUUACUAAGGUGACGGCCGUGGACGCUGACUCGGGCCAUAACGCCUGGAUCUCCUACAAACUGGCGGAGGCCACAGACGCCUCUCUGUUCACUGUCAAUCUGUACACAGGGGAGGUGAGGACUAAACGCGCUGUGUCCGAGCAGGACGACUCCUCUCAGAGGCUGCUUAUAGAGAUUCAGGACGACGGGGAACCGGUCCAGUCCGCCACCGUCACGGUGUCCAUCCUGCUGGAGGACGGCCUCCAUGAGCCCAUCUUAGACCUCCGACAGAAAGUGGCCGAGCCCAGCAAAAAAACUGGGAGAAUCACCCUUUAUUUGAUUCUCUCUCUGGCCUCGGUGUCCGUGCUGUCUCUGGUGACUUUUCUCAUCUUAGCGGUUAAAUGCAUGAGGAACAGCAGAAGCAGCGGUAGUUGCUGCAUGAGACGGAGCGACUGUGAUGAUUACAAGAACCCCAACAGAAACCUGCAGAUUCAGCUCAACACUGAUGGACCUAUAAAGUACGUGGAGGUCCUGGGAGGAGACAUGUUGUCUCAGAGUCAGUCCUUCAGGUCCUGUAUGUCUCCGAUGUCAGAGUACAGUGAUUUCACUUUGAUUAAGCCCAGCAGCACCAAUGACUUUAAGGAGGUGAUCAGUGUUCUGGAUGCGUCUUUACCCGACAGCACCUGGACCUUUGAAAGCCAACAGAGUUGA